UAUAGUGAGGUCCAGCCUAUGAGAGCAUGUUUGACCUGAACACAGAGUGGAGCAUCUCCUUCGCAGGAUGCGGUUUCAUGGGGAUUUAUUAUGUGGGAGUCAUCAGCUGCAUCCUUGAACGCUUUCCUCGCUUUGUUCAAGAUGCCUCAAAGAUCUAUGGAGCCUCUGCAGGGGCCCUCAUGGCUGCUGUGGUUACUCUAGGAAUCCCCCUGGAUAAGUGCUGCACCGAUUUGAUGCACAUGGCCAAAGAGGCCAGGAAGCACAAGCUGGGGCCCCUGCACCCAGCGUACAACCUACUACAGCUGGUGCAGGAGUCCCUGCUGGAAAAACUCCCAGAGGACGCUCACGUUCGAGUCUCUGGGAAGCUCUGCUUGUCCCUGACCAGAGUCUCUGAUGGCAAGAACCUACUAGUGUCUCAGUUUGACAGCAGAGAUGAGCUCAUUCAGGCCCUCAUAUGCAGCUGCUUUGUCCCGCUUUACUGUGGUGUUGUUCCCCCCACCUACCGUGGAGUGUAUUAUGUGGACGGUGCCGUCAGUGACAACCUGCCUCGCUGUCAGCUGGGAAGAACAGUCACAGUCUCUCCGUAUGCUGGCGAGAGCGACCUCUGCCCCAGAGCGAGCACGCUUACCUUCCACGAGGUGCGCUUCAACAACGUCAGCAUCCACGUCAACCCGGAGAACCUGUACAGGGUGACCAGCACUUUCUUCCCCCCGGAGCCUGAGGCGAUGGCGGAAAUCUGUCAGAAUGGCUUCCUGGAUGCCCUUCGCUUCCUGCAAGAGAACGACCUGAUCAGCAGCGAGGCUCCCCAGACGGGUUUGCGGAGCGACGCAGCUAAACAUGCUUGCUGUGAGCUAAUGCAAGACUCAGGUCAGAGCAAAGCGGGGCGGCGAGAUCACCUGUGGCUCGAUCCGAAGCUUACACAGAACCUCCCAGCUGACCUUCAGAGGGUCUUGUGUAAGGCCUGCAGGGAGACGCAUACUGCUGGGGGCCUGUUGACUCAUAUAACUGAGUAUCUGCCAAAGAAAGUGACGUCUUAUCUGGCCUUUGACUCCACCCGCUCCGUCGCUCAGAGAGUGAGGGGAUGGAUUCCUGAUGUGCCGAGGGACAUUAGCUGGCUCUUUGGCCUGGAUGCAAACAAACAAGCUUUGACGGAAAGGUUGGAAUACAAAACCAGUCGACCACGUCUGCGCAGAUGCACAAGCCUUCCGUCUGACCUGCACCUAUGUGGGAAAAAAGAGGAAAUGAAUGCUUUCCUGGAGAGUCCAGAAGGCCCCCCCUCAUCCAGCAACGCCAGCUCUGGGACCGGUGAAGCCACGAUGAAGUCACCUCCAUCUGAAGGGAGAGGCUGGGCUUUAGGCAGAGUGAUGGGUCUACUCCAAAAUUUGGGAUCGUCGAAAAUGUCAGACCCAAAAUAAUCUAAAGAUGCGUUUUUUUU